AGUGUUUAACCUUGCAUCUACCAACCUAAACUCCAUUUCCCCCAUUUCCAUUUUCCCGCCUCCGCCACUCCACUCCCACAAUGCCAAAACGCCGACGACACGAUUCCGAUGACGAUUCCGACCCGGACACCGACACCAUCCACCUCCCCUUCAAAAACCGCUUAAAACCCGACUCCGAAAUCCUCUCAAUCCUCAAAACCCUAAAAACCGCUUCCACAAAAUCGGGAUCCACUUCCAAAACCCUAACCCUAACUGACCUCUCACUAUCAUCCACUUGCCGUGAAGUAACCGACCUACCGUUAUCUUCCGUACAAUCCAGAAUCCAGAACUUAGCCAUCUCUUUAGCUAAAUCCAUCCUUUCCGGUAACGGAUUUUCAUUCUCCGUCCCCUCACGCGCCGCCAAUAACCAACUCUACGUUCCGGAACUCGACCGCAUUGUUUUGAAAGACAAAUCGUCUAUCCGUCCCUACUCAUCCGUCUCCACUGUCCGAAAAACCACAAUUACGACACGAAUUAUGUCCUUGAUACAUCAAUUGACUUUGAAAAACAUACAUGUGACUAAACGUGACUUGUUUUAUACUGAUGUGAAACUGUUUCAGGAUCAGACACAGUCGGAUGCUGUUUUGGACGAUGUUUCGUGUAUUUUAGGAUGUACGAGGUCUUCGUUGAACGUUGUUGCGGCCGAAAAGGGGGUUGUGGUUGGGAGGUUGGUUUUUAGUGAUAACGGUGAUAUGAUUGAUUGUACGAAAAUGGGGAUAGGUGGGAAGGCGAUACCGCCUAAUAUAGAUAGAGUUGGUGAUAUGUCUAGUGAUGCUUUGUUUAUAUUGUUGGUUGAAAAAGAUGCCGCGUAUAUGAGAUUAGCCGAAGAUAGGUUUUAUAAUCGGUUUCCUUGUAUUAUUGUGACUGCUAAAGGACAACCUGAUGUUGCUACUAGGUUGUUCUUAAGGAAGAUGAAAAUGGAGCUCAAGUUGCCGGUUUUGGCACUUGUGGAUAGCGAUCCUUACGGGUUGAAGAUUUUGUCGGUUUAUGGGUGUGGGUCGAAGAAUAUGUCUUACGAUAGUGCUAAUUUGACUACACCGGAUAUUAAAUGGUUAGGGAUUAGGCCGAGUGAUUUGGAUAAGUAUAAGAUACCGGAACAAUGUAGGUUGCCGAUGACUGAGCAGGAUAUUAAGACUGGGAAGGAUUUGUUGGAAGAGGAUUUUGUGAAGAAGAAUCCCGGGUGGGUUGAAGAAUUGAAUUUGAUGGUUAAGACGAAACAAAAGGCGGAAAUUCAGGCCUUGAGUACCUUUGGUUUUCAGUAUUUGUCCGAGGUCUACCUGCCAUUGAAGCUGCAGCAACAAGAUUGGCUUUAGUGAUGCUUAGGUGUGUUGUUUUCUAGAGAUGCUUACCAGCCUGUGUUGACCUACACUUUACCUGUUUCUUGGAUAGUAAUUACCCGGUUUGUACCUGCAAAAGAUUUUAGUUUGUUUCAUUUAAACCAUAUCCGCACAAUGUUCUUUCAAACUGUUCAUCAAGGAUACUUGUAUUAGUGGGUGUUGUAAAGAAUCAGGUAUAAAAGUUCUGUGAAUUUGACACUAUAAAGUACGUCUAUUGAAUGUUCUUUAAA